GGGGUUUGGUUUGUGGUGUUUAAAACCCCUUGUUUCAAAACGGGGUCUGCUCACUUUUUUACCUGCAUUUUGUAGCUACGUGGCUAGCUAAAACUUUCCCUCGUUUUCUCAACAAAGUCCUCUGAAGAAAGAGGAUUCGUUUCUACAGCAAUGGCUGCAUUUGUUUGCAUCAUUAGGUGAUCAUGCAAAGAGCUGGGAUAACGUGGCUGUGUUAGUUGAUGAAACUAUUAAACCACAAGCUCCGUGUAGCCCAAUCCUACAGACCCCAACACGCCAGAACAUUAAACCAAAGGCCGCUCUAAUAAGGAAUAAGAACACAGCAAACAGACAAUCAGCCCCUGAACAAAGGAUCCGCAAGGGCGACGGCUACUCGCUCUCCCAUGUGGCUGAAAUCAACCCUGUUGAAAGACCAUGUGCUUCUAUGCCCAUCUCUGUGAAAGCUGCUACGCCUAACGUUCGCCAUCAUAAGCCUAAGAAGCAAUUUAUUGAGCCAUACACGACCGGUCUCCCGCCCAAAAGUAGCCGCCCUUCCUUUGUUCCGGUCUCGUCUUACCCGGCCACUGUAUCUUAUGAUAGUAACACAGCAGCUGAGCAACUAAAGGCGACGGAAGACUUAGUUUCAUUGUAUUUGAGUCAGUCACCCCCGUGGAGCAGAUACGUAUGUCCACACAAGCCUAAGAAGAGAUCUAGGAAGAGAUCUAUUGAUCCUGUGAAGCCAUACACGGACAGUGCCCCACCCAAAAGAAGAAGCCCUUCCUUUGUUCCAGACACGCCUUACCCAGACACUGUAUCGGGUGUUCCUAACACCACUGCAGAGCAGUUAACGGCGAGCGAAGACUUAGAGUCCUUGCAUCGGUCGUCGUCUAGUACACCGACGCCCUACCAGCCACCAAGUGUCUCCAUUGAGAGGGAACAAAAGGCACCGGGAGCGUCCUUGCAUUGGUCGUCAUCUAGUACACCAACGACCUACCAUCCACCAAGUGUCUCCAUUGAGAAGGAACAAAAGGCAUCUGAAGAGACAAUCCAUGCCAUAGAAGUAGGCGAAGUAUCUGAAGACACCGGACUAACAGCGACAGCCCCUACAUCACGCCAAACAAAUCGUGAAGCUACAGGAGAAGGGUCUGAAGACACAGGGCUAACAGCAGCCGUCCCUACAUCACGUCAGACAAAUCAGGGAGCUACAGGAGAAGAGUCUGAAGACACUGGCCUAACCGCGACACAGCUUACACCCCACCAACCGUGUCAGGCUGCUUUGCAGGAGGCCCCUGAAUAUAAUGUAGGUGAAUACCUCUUUAACUGUAUCUAUAGCACCGAGGAAGGCACCGAUUAUGUCAGCUGUAUACCACACACCUCUGUUAUAACUGUGGCAGAUAAAAAGUGUAACAGCGAUAAUACCCCAGUAACCACUCCUGUAAAUGUAUUAGAGGUUAACGUUCCAUUCCUUGAUAAGCAAGCAGUACCUAAUUAUAUUACUAACAAUCGGUUUGAACAAGGUGGGGCACUAGGAGGUCCUGAGCAGUUAACAUUACUUCAGAGUGCAGAGUUUUUUGAGUAUUGCGUCAACACUUCCCCUCAACAACCUGCAGUCGCUGACCCUUAUAAACAAAUACAAUCAGAAUUAGCCGAAUUACGAAAACAAAACGAUGGUCUUAUGAAUAAAUUAGAUGUCUUGCAAACAGCUAACACACAAUUGACCGGUUUGGUCACAGACUUUGGAACGGCUCUAGCCAGUCAGUCCAGAGCUAACACGCAUUUGGUUGAUUUGGUCACAGGAUUUGGCGCAACUAUUGCCUCUCAUGUCAGCUCUCUCAAUUCAAUGCUUGUACCUAUGAUAGUAUGCCUUAAAAACACAAUGAAUAUGACCCCGCAGUAAAAAA